AUGCCUUUCUUCCGCCCCUAUAUGACUCUUUCGAGCUUCAAUCGACAGGCUGCUCCUCAAGCUCUCCGACACCAACCUACAGCACGUUUCAUCUCUUCCACCCCGAUACGAUUUAGUCAAGGUUACGGUGAUGGCGAAGGAGAUCCAAAAGGAGAGACUCCUCAGGAUCAAGGGAGCUCUAAUGAGACCAAACACAAUGCCGAGCAUCCUGGUCCAGCACCUCCAUCUGAAGGACAGGGCACUGGUGCAGGGCCAACGAAAGGCGGAUCUGGAGGAUCACCAGAGGAAGCAUCGGCACAAUCAGGAGGAUCUAGGUCCAAAGACGCCAAAGAGACUGGGUCCAGCCCAACUGGAGGCGCCGUAGGCGACAGCGGAGGUAAGAGUCCUGACAAAAAAGCGGCAUCACCACGGAUUCACGACAAGAACGUGCCAGGCCAUGAUAAUACUUCGGACAAGCAAGCUGAAGUUGAGAAGCACAAUAAAGAGUUCGAGCAAGGCCAUGAUCGCGCUCCGCCGGCUGCAGAAGACAAAGUUGACAAGAAAUUCUGGAAGGGCCAUGGAGGAGCAGAUCGGGAGUCAUAA